GAGUUGCUGACACUGAACAACCCUUUAAAGCAGUCUGGCCUCAUUGGGUAGGACUGUCACUCAACCUCACAGUGUCUUUUUCCCCCUACCAAUACUGCGCCAGCCAAUGUAACCGUUUUCCCUUGAGAUACUGCCAACAGUCAAUCAAGACAGUGCAGGUGUGCACUACCUCCGUUCUGAACUUCCCCUGCCAGUUUCCAAGGAGACUAAAGGAGCCUUUUUCUUCAAACUGGAGCCGGAGCAAGAGUAUCACACCAUGACCGAGAGCGACAGGGAGCUCUCGGCAAUGGUGCAGGAGCUAUGGGAUAAUGACAUCAAUCGUAUGAAACCUGGGACAGACUACCGCAUCUCACUGCAGGGGAAAGCGGGAGAUGUUAUGUCUGUGAACGAUGACCAAGAUGGGAUUGGGUCUCCUUUGUUCUCAUAUGUUGAUGAAAGCAUGUUCAAAAAGGAGACUUUCUUGGCUUUCAUCUCGUUGUUGGAUAACUAUGAGAGCGAUACUGGAGUACCAGAGAUUGUUACCCCAGAAGAGGAGGCAGAAAAUCACAAAUUCCUGGAUGCCAUCACUCAGACACCCACCAUGAAGAUUGCUCAUAAGUACCUUGUAGAGAAGCAUCUGUCACCUGAGGACAUGACAGAAUUCAAACAGCAGCUCUACCGGAUCUGGUUUGAGCUCUACGCGAGGAGAGGCUCCAGCAGGCCAGACUCCUCAGGAUUUGAACAUGUAUUUGUUGGAGAGACUCGUGGUGGACGCACAGUCAUUGGAUUUCACAACUGGAUUCAGCUGUAUUUGCAGGAGAAGCUUGGACACAUUGACUACAAAGGCUACAGUGUGUCUGCUGGCUCUCCUCAACCUGAUGAGAACAAGCACAUCUUAGCUUUACAGUUUAGCUGGAAAAAUGGCAUCAAACCUAAAGGCAGCAUCUUCGUUGGCGUCAGUCCAGAAUUUGAAUUCGCCCUUUACACCCUGUGUUUCCUCUCCUCACCAAACGAACGAGUCAAAGUGUCCUUCAGUAUCUAUAACGUGGAGAUUGUCUGCCACCACUACAACCAGAAACACAUAGGAACUACCUAUCCUGUUCUUCUGAAAUAUCAGGCAGCCUAGCUAGACUCAACCAUUGAAAUACACUAACGGCCAGG